AUGACCCAAACAUCCACACCUAGCUACUCACGCUCAGACUCGCCCGAUCUAGACCCCGACGAUCCCACGGAGCUAGAUACAGACCUCGCCGACCUCACGCUAAACGAUGGCGACGACGAUGGCGAUGGCCCCGAUCUCCCCUCUCCUGCUAAACGAGCGACCCCCGCAGCAGAUGGAGCAGGGCUAGCAACGGAGGAUGAGCGAGAGCUCGAGCGGUUCCGGAGUCAGUGGAGGAGGGAUCUGCAGUCGAAGCAGAAAGACGGGGGCGAGGAGCGAGCACAGGUUCAGGGGCAGCUGCAGGGGAAAGGAAAGGGGAGGUGGGUCGAGCUGAGUAAGGCGGGUGCCGGUGGGGAGCAGAACAUCCCUCGAGAAUCGGGAAGCGUCAAGCCAUCCCAUCCUUCCGGGCCGGGAGCCGGAGAGACUACUCUCGCGGCGAUAACGGUCGUCCGGUCGCCCAAGAAGGCGGUCAAGCAGGUCUCCAUCGAUCUAGACGAGGAUUUCACGCCCGAAUCGUCCAUGGCGACCUCGAUCUCGGGGUCUGCAGCGAAGAAACUGGCAUUCCCGCCUACUCACCCAGUAACCGGUGAUCGGAAGGAGCAGGCGGUGGCUCUCUAUGCGAGGGCGGUGGAGCACGAGCAGGCGGGCAAGCUUAAUGAGGCGUUGAUGAUGUAUCGCAAGGCGUUCAAGCUCGAGGACGACGUGGAUAGGCUAUACGCCCGCUCCGUCAAUAACGCCACACAAGCUGCCGUCGCUGCUGCCGCCGCACAAAUCGACGACACCCCCUCAUCUACCGACAUCGUCUCCUCUGCCGCGCCCGCAGAGGAGCCGUAUUCAUUUCAGCGCCAUCUCCAACUUCAACCAGACUAUGAAGCCUCCCUUCCCCUCGUCCCCACCCACCGGCCCAGCGCCGCCGCAUCCGCUUCCGCAUCAACCUCAUCGCGCCAAUCCCCACUCACCGCCCUCCUCUCUCGCCUCCCUGUACCCGCGGACCAGACCUCCUUCAUCCCCGCGGAAGAACACCUUCCGCUCCCCCUCUCCAAGCUCCCCCUCGAGCUCCUCGACCCUAUCCUCGGAUACCUCGAUAUAGCCUCGAUCGAGCGGUUCGCGCUCACCUGCUGGCGCGCGCGGUACGUCACGAGCCGGGCGCCCAAGUGGAAGCGCAUUGUAGAGGGGAUAUAUCGACCGCCGGGGGUGUUGCCGCAAGGCAAGACAGUGAAGGAUCUGGCUGUGAUGCGGAAGUAUGCGGGAGAGUGGAGGACGGCGUUGAUGGAAGAGGAGAGGGUGAGGAUGGACGGGUGUUAUAUCAGCGUGUGCCAUUAUAUACGUCCAGGUGCAGGAGAUCAGUGGGUUACGGUCACGCAUAUGAUCACGUAUCACCGCUUCCUCCGUUUCUACCCAGACGGCACUGUCAUCUCUUUCCUCACUACAGAUCACCCAUCCGAAGUCGUCCCCCUCCUCCGACCCUCCAUACGCGGCAAAGGCCUCCACUUCGGGUACUGGCGUCUCAUACGCUCCGACUCGCCCGAGAACGCGCUAGGUGAUUCCCCCUUAGCCUCGAAGACUACGGAAGCCGCAAGCGCAUCGGCAGAUGUCAACGAGAACGAGAUUGACGGGCCGAGGUUGAGCUCGAGGGCCAAAGUGGAUAAAGAUGGGAAAAGGCGGGCGAGGAUCGUCAUUACGGAUCUGAUGGAGCCGGGGGCGGAGUCGCCGAAGUAUGAGUUUGAGAUGGAGUUGGCAUUGAGGGAGACGGGGAGGGGGAGAUGGAACAAGCUUGAUAUUCUCAAUUACCAAUCUAUCAAUCUUGCGACUGGCGAGAGUCUGGGACUUUCGCUCAAGCAUCAGAAACCGUUCUACUUUUCGAAGGUGAAAUCGUAUCAUCCGCAUUUGUAG